UUAUUUCCCUUAAACUUGUACUUAGCAGUUUAAAGCAUCCCUGCUGUAUGCCUUGCCCCUUCAGCUGGUGAAUAAGCAAAUCAUGACAACGUGGAUGGAGAUUUUCCGAACCAUUCUCGACAGGACUGUUCCUCCUGAGACUCUACAAAUUGAUGAGGAUGACAGACCGGAGCUGGUGUGGUGGAAGUGUAAGAAGUGGGCCCUGCAUAUUGUAGCUCGUCUCUUUGAACGGUAUGGAAGCCCAGGAAAUGUCACCAAAGAAUACUUUGAGUUUUCUGAAUUCUUUUUGAAAACCUAUGCUGUAGGAAUUCAGCAGGUUCUACUAAAAAUUUUAGAUCAGUAUAGACAGAAAGAAUAUGUGGCUCCUCGUGUUCUUCAGCAGGCCUUCAACUAUCUCAGCCAGGGGGUGCUUCACUCCGUGACCUGGAAGCAGAUGAAGCCACACAUACAGAGUAUCUGUGAAGAUGUGGUUUUUUCUGUGAUGUGCUACAAGGAUGAAGAUGAGGAGCUAUGGCAAGAAGAUCCCUAUGAGUAUAUCAGGAUGAAAUUUGAUAUUUUUGAAGAUUAUGCCUCUCCCACCACAGCGGCUCAGACUCUGCUAUACACUGCUGCAAGGAAGAGGAAAGAGGUGUUGCCAAAAAUGAUGACAUUCUGUUAUCAAAUCCUAACAGACCUGAACUUUGACCCUAGGAAGAAAGAUGGAGCCCUGCAUGUGAUUGGUUCCCUAGCUGAGAUUUUAUUAAAGAAAAGUUUAUUCAAGGACCAAAUUGAGUUGUUUCUUCAGAAUCACGUAUUUCCUUUGUUGUUAUCUAACCUGGGAUAUCUUCGAGCUCGAUCCUGCUGGGUGCUGCAUGCUUUUAGUUCUUUGAAAUUUCAUAAUGAACAGAACCUAGGAAGUGCAGUGGAGUUAGCAAAGAAGAGCCUGAUUGAAGACAAAGAGAUGCCUGUCAAAGUGGAAGCUGCCCUGGCCCUGCAGUCAUUAAUUUCUAACCAGAUCCAGGCUAAGGAAUAUAUGAAGCCCCACGUGAGGCCGAUUAUGCAGGAACUGUUGCACAUUGUUCGAGAGACAGAAAAUGAUGAUGUCACUAAUGUGAUUCAGAAGCUGAUCUGUGAAUACAAUCAGGAAGUGGCUUCCAUUGCUGUGGACAUGACCCAGAACCUGGCUGAAAUAUUUGGCAAAGUUCUUCAAAGUGAUGAAUAUGAAGAAGUUGAGGACAAAACAGUAAUGGCUAUGGGAAUUUUACAUACCAUUGAUACAAUUUUAACAGUUGUGGAAGAUCAUCAAGAGAUUACUCAGCAAUUAGAGAAUAUCUGUCUACGGAUUAUUGAUCUUGUUUUACAAAAACAUGUAAUUGAAUUCUAUGAAGAAAUUCUUUCCCUGGCAUAUAGUUUAACCUGCCACACCAUCUCCCCUCAUAUGUGGCAGCUUCUAGGUAUUUUAUAUGAAGUUUUUCAGCAGGAUUGCUUUGAAUACUUUACAGAUAUGAUGCCUCUCCUGCAUAAUUAUGUGACAAUAGAUACAAAUACUUUACUGUCAAAUCCAAAACAUUUAGAAGUCCUUUUCACAAUGUGUAGGAAGGUGCUCUGUGGAGAUGCAGGAGAAGAUGCUGAAUGUCAUGCAGCGAAGCUUCUGGAAGUCAUCAUUCUUCAGUGCAAAGGAAGGGGAAUUGAUCAGUGCAUUCCACUUUUUGUUCAACUUGUCUUGGAGAGAUUAACUCGAGGGGUGAAAACGAGCGAGCUCCGCACUAUGUGUCUGCAGGUGGCUAUUGCUGCACUGUACUAUAACCCUGACCUGCUGCUGCACACCUUAGAGCACAUCCAGCUGCCUCCCCACCCGGGGCCCAUCACCGUGCAGUUCAUAAACCAGUGGAUGAAUGACACUGACUAUUUCCUCGGGCACCAUGACCGGAAAAUGUGUAUAAUAGGGUUGAGUGUCCUCUUGGAGUUACAAAACCGGCCUCCUGCUGUGGACGCUGUGGCAGGGCAGAUCAUCCCCUCUAUUCUCUUCCUCUUCCUUGGCCUAAAGCAAGUCUGUGCUUCUAGACAACUGGUAAACCAUGAAGAUCGCCCCAAAGUAGUGAAAGAUGAUCUGGAAGAAAAUGAGGAGAUUUCCAGUGACGAGGAGGAGAAAAGUGUGUCUGUGCAGGCGAUGCAGUCUGUGAAUAGGCGAGGCGCGGAUGAGGAAGAUGAAGACGAGGACUGGGAGGAGGAAAUCCUGGAGGAAACGGCCCUGGAAGGAUUCAGCACUCCGCUUGACCUAGACAAUAGUGUGGAUGAAUAUCAAUUUUUCACUCAAGCUCUGCUAACUGUUCAGAAUCGGGAUGUGGCUUGGUACCAACUACUGAUGGCACCUCUCAGCGAAGACCAGAAGAGAACACUACAGGAGGUGUACACACUGGCAGAGCAUCGGAGGACAGUGGCAGAGGCAAAGAAGAAGAUUGAACUGCAAGGAGGCUUCACAUUUGAAAACAAAGGUGUCCUCUCGGCCUUUAACUUUGGAACAGUGCCCAGCAGUGAAUGAAGGCGGGAUCAGAGCUGUCCCCAUGUCACCACUGCAUUUGAUCUCACACUGGACUGUGGACAUGUGAGGGUCGAGGAUAGGGAGACAGGGAGCUGCUUUGCAGAGUGCCCGUUUGGUGCCAGUGCCGGCAUAGCUACUCUCCCUUUCCCCUUUGGCCCUUCUCACCUUGAAGUAUGUAUUUCUCAACAGCUACUGUCGUGUAUGAAAUUAAAGGCAACACAGAAAUCAUUACAUGGAAAAGGAUAAAGCAUCCAGAGGCUGGAAAGCCCCAAGACGACCUCUAGAGGACUGAAUAGGCCUGUGUGUCUCAGGUUAUUUUGCCAUGCAGAAUCAGCGGACCCACGUGGGAACAGUGCCUUCUGUUGUACAUGAAUUCUCUGAAAAAAUUUUCUGGA